AUCAAAUUGAAAACUAUUGAUCGUUUUUUUUAAAUUAAAACAUUAUACAGUAUUAUACAUUAGAGAAGACUUAUAGAUAGAUAUGGUAGAAAACCUUGCAGCAAAAUUAUGUUUACUUCUGUCGGAAAAAGCACAUUCAGCCGAACAAUGGAAAUUACUGGGUCAAGAGAAGGAUGGUUCCUUAUUAGUUGGAUGGACAGAGGAAACUGUAAAGGACAAUGUAAACAUAUCAUAUACAGUUGUAGGCCACUACGACCGGAUUAAUGAUAACUUACAGGUAUUGCACCAAUUCACAGAGGUAUUAAAUAUUGUACAAGCAACAAUAAAUCAAAGUCGUACUGUUUUUGGAUAUAUAAUAAAACAAAAAGUUUCUGUAGAGACAAGGGUAAAUUCAGAGUCUACAGAAGACAAAGAUCAGAGUAUACCAACUGAAAUUGAAAUGUAUGAAGCAUUUAUUGUUGAAUUAAAAGGACGAGAAGUAAAUAUACACAGUUUGGAUGCAAAGAAAUCUAAACAAGUGAGAAUUCAAUUUUUAUAUAAAGAAAAAGAACAUGGACAAUGGGAUAAAUUUUUGUUAUUAAUUCAUCAAGAAUGUAUUAUGAUAUACACUGUAAUCUUUGAUACAUCUGUAUCAAAUGUUUAUUCAAUACAAGAAUUAAAAUCUGAACCAUUAGUUAAAGCAUUUAUUUGGGCUCAAUGGGACAUGGUAAAUCAGGUUUUAUAUCAUAUACACCAUAAAAAAAUUCCAAUAAGUUUAGUUUCUGAAGAUGAAGAGGAAAAAGAAAAUAAAACAGAAAGAACUAAUCCAACACUUAGUGGACUUCAAUUUCAUGAUGAAUUGCCGCAUGAAACAGUGCUAAAUAUACCACUAAAUUUACCUCAAUUAUCAACUUCUUCCAACUGUGGGACAUAUGAGGAUGAUGUUAUACCUUUAAGGGUUCACGAUUGUUCUUUAGAUCUUAUUGUAGUUUCUGACCCUAAAGGAAUGGUCUGUGUUUGCCAUCAUUACUUAUAUCGUCCAGUAAAACCACAGCAGCAUGUACUUAAUUCAUUGAAUGAAUCUAAUACAGUACACUUUGCAUAUUCUGUAACACUUCUUCAUCGCAGCUGUGUGAUUCAUUGUGUUAUACCAGGCAUACCAUGGUCUCAUGCUAAACUUAUACGACCGACAUUCGCAAUAUAUGAACAUCAUCACAUGAUUGUUCUUGUACCAGGUCUAUUUACUCAUGUUCUCGAAAUUGGAACAAAUCAUGAACCAUGUUGCCACAUAUUAUGUGGUCCUUUAAUUUCCCUUCCAUCUCGUUCUUCUUAUUUGGUACCAUUGCUUGAGUUAGAAACUAAUACCAAAGGAAGCAAAAAAAAAUAUGAUACAUCUUCCCUAGAAGGAAGCAGUACAUCUCAAUUUAACAUGAACAUAUUAACAAUAGACUUGCCAACACUGGAUUUAGUACAAUUAACAAUCUCAUCCGACUUUCUUACUGAAGUAUUUCGUAAAGAAAAUUCGAUAGAAGUACGCUUGGGUAUAUUGCAUUACUUUCUUUGUCAUAGAAAUGAUCUGGAUAUUAUUUCAGAAUUAGUAUGUGCGAUUGCAGAGAAACCUAGAUCAUUGGAAAUUGUACGGUACAUGCAAGAAAUUCUCAUUGGUGGUUCAUAUGCUUUAGUACAAAAAAAUUUAUUAGCAGAUGCUAUACCUUUAUUGGCUUUGUUGCCUGUUACGACUAUGGAAGAGUACAUAAGUUUUGAGAUUAAAGUGAACGACUUAAGUAUAACAUUGAGUCAUGAAAAACUAUGGAAUACAUCUGUAAUGUUACUAUCACCACAACAAAGGUUGAUUCCUUACCGCAGUGACUUGUGGACUCGAUUGUGGGAUCAACUUAGUAAAAAUAACGGAGAUAAAACAAGAUUUAAGCCGAGUAAAAUCGCAGAAAAAUUAUUAGUUUCUUUAGCAUGUUAUCAACCUGAAGCAUUAUCCAGAUCCAGUACACCAAUGUCUCCAAGUGGAGGAUUAGUUGUGGCUACAGUGUCGCUUGGAGAUUUAUCAAGUGGUCGUAGUAAUAAACUCAUGGACUCAGGUUUGCUAUUUAAUGAAACAGAAAGUUGUACUGCUUCUAAGCAGGAACAUAUUGUAUCUGUAAAUUUACGAGAAUUAUCCAUGUAUUUAUUAAAACAUGGUACCCAGACAUCAAUAACGCAUCUUAAGGGAUCGUGUACUCCAUUACACGUUCACGCAAUGGCAACUAGACAUGUAGCUGCGCAAUUAGAAACAUCACGGGCUCUUUGUCAAAUGUUAUGUCGAGCGGCUAGCGUCGAUCCACGAAUUGAACAAGAGCGCGGUUUUAUUCUUGUCGAUCAAUUAGACGAAAUAAGACGAUGGUUAUUGUUCGUAUUAUUGGAGCGCUAUAGGCGCGCAAUAGAAAGUAUAGCAUUCCCAGCACCACAAGGAUUUACAUCGUUUUUUACUUAUCUUGGAUAUAGAACCCUAAAAUAUUCGAUGUUUUUACAAUAUGUACAACGAUCAGUAUUUGAAUUACAAGUCGAUGUCAGCAAAAUUAUUAUGGCUGAUAUUAGUGAUACAAAAGAAAAUGCCAUUCGUAAAUUAACUUUAUUGUCUUUAUUACCAAGAUCACGAGCAAAAAGACUUUUAAAUCAAUGGUUACAUCCUGUAAGCUUUAUGUUCAGAGCUCGUGAACACGCUGCAAAUAUUUUAUCUGGUGAGAUAUGCCAAAACCGUGGUAGAAUAUUGCAAUACAGAAAUCAUCAUAAUGGUUUAGCAGCAUUUCCUUCAGCAGAUCGUUUAUCUCCGUUGGACACAUUUCUUGAUCUUCUUACAGCAAAAGCUAGUCUAGCUGAGUUAGAUUUUGGCCUGCUUAUAGAAGCUACAGUAACAUCUACAGAAGAUUUUUUAUAGGUAAAUGUAUUCUAAUUUCCUAGAAUCAGUUAUAAUAGAAAGUGUAGUGCAAAUAGUCAUCCGAUCGUGCAAAGUGCCAUUAAUAUCUUCCAAAAUAUUUAGUAUUUAUGAACAUGUAAUUUUAACCUUAUUUUAUAAAUUCUCAUGCAUUUCUUAUCGAAAAUUCUAUACAGGGUAGAGAUUUUAAAUAGAAUAAUCAGAUAAUACACUUUAAAUACAUACAUAAUUUAACUAAUGCUCAUGUUUCUAUUUGCAUUAUGUUAAAGUUGGAUAAAUUAACAAUUAAUUCUUAUAACUAUUUUAAAAAUGUUUUAUAUUUUAAAAUUAAUGUUUAUUCCACUCAAGUUUAUAAACUGGUUACUUUAUAAUGUUACAAUUGCAUAAGUGCUGCAAAAAUUAUAUCUUUGUUUUCUGUAUACAUCAUGACCCAGUUUUCUUCCACAAAACUUUGUCAGCUUGUUCUACAAUCAAAAUUAAGAAAAAGAAUGAUGUAUGAAUAUAGGCUCUUAAAUGCUUUAUUAAAAAGUUAUGACAAAAAUAUGAAAUGAUAACAGACUAAUAUUUCUAUGAUACAGUAUAAGAACACAUUGUCGAUAUCUGUCUGAUAUUACACAAAUGUUUACACAUAUUGUAAUAUUUACUUGCUAAGAUCAGUGAGUUGGUUAACCUCAAUAGAUCUUUGCUUGUGAGAAAUUGUGAGAGAAAAAGUUUAUUAUUAACGUUUAUUAUAAAGUUUAUUAUAAACACAAAUUAGUAUGUGUUAGGAGUUAAUGCAAUGAAUUUAUGACAUAUUUGCUGUAAUUAAGCAAAAUGAUCAAGAAAUUGUACUAUAGUAAACUCUAUUUUCCAUAGAUGCCACUUCUGCAUACAUAAUAACAGACAACAUAUUUAAAAUGGAAUUAUAAUGUGAACUCUGUUGUCAUUUCAUAAUUUUGUUAUAACUGCUUAAUAAAGCAUUUAAAAGCCUAUGUUUACAUAACAUUUUUUUCUUAUUCUUGCCUAUAGACUAUGUAGGUAAAGUUUUGCAGAAAAAAUCUGAGCAUCCUGUAUAUUAUUAGUUGAAUUUUUGUUACUAAGUUACUAUAAUUUUAUAUUUAUGUGAUUAAUCAGUUAAUCAAAAGCAUGUGUGUGAUUUUCUUUUAUAAUUACAUUAGUUUAUCAGUAUGUGUCACAGUGUGCUAUACAUAUACAGAAUGUUCUUGAAGUCAUGGUACAAUCAGGAAGGAGAUGAUUCUUUAUGUAAAAGUAAGUUGAAAGUAUAGAUUUCUAGGUCCUGUAUCUCACAUCUCACAUCCUAUAUAAUGUAUCCCGCAAUAGAUAACACUAUUUUUCAUACCUAAUACCUCAUAACAUACAUACUACUACAUUUCUAUUCCACUUUCCACAUUAUUUAAGUAUGUAAUCUAUAUACUAUAAUAUAUCCAACAUCUAUCCAGUAUUUCAAGCACAGCUUAUCCCUACUCCUAAUUCACUUAAUUCACAUCCCAAGUCACAUCAUUGGGGUCAUCUUCUUUCUGAUUGUAUCAUGAUUUUAAAAAUACCCUAUUUGCAUCAUCCAACAGUUUUUGAAUUGUUGUAGUGUGAAUUAAGUUACAAAAAGGAUCAUUUAUGAAAAAAUUGUAAUCUGCGUAAAUUUUUCGUGCGUAUUGUGAGAAGUAGUAGAAAAUUACAUAUCAGAAGAUAUGUACAAACAUACAACAGUAUUAAUAAUUUUUAUGUAAAAGUGAAUAUGAAUAUUUAAAAAAAGA